AUUCUACACAAUAAUCAUUCAUUACAUAAUUUACUUCUUUCUUUAAAUCUACAAAAAAAAUCUAGUCGCCACUGUUUCGAAGAGAUGGCUUCUGUUUCAACUCCUUUUCCGAUUUCUCUCCACCCAAAGAUCGUACGAUCAAAGCCGUUGAAAUUUCGAGUUUUGACCCGUCCGAUCAAAGCUUCCGGGUCAGAAACACCUCCUGAUCUAGCCGUAGCGACACGAACCGGAUCUAAAGAUCUCCCGAUCCGGAACAUACCGGGAAACUACGGUUUACCAAUCGUUGGACCAAUCAAAGACCGUUGGGAUUACUUUUACGACCAAGGAGCUGAAGAGUUCUUCAAAUCAAGAAUCCGUAAAUACAAUUCAACCGUGUACCGAGUCAACAUGCCACCGGGAGGUUUUAUCGCCGAGAAUCCACAAGUUGUGGCUUUACUCGACGGUAAAAGCUUCCCGGUUUUAUUCGAUGUCGAUAAAGUCGAAAAGAAAGAUCUCUUCACCGGUACUUACAUGCCUUCAACAGACCUCACUGGCGGUUACCGUAUCCUCUCUUACCUCGAUCCCAGUGACGGAACCGCCUGUAAUUUCUUGGCUCGAGCUUUCUACGGGACGAAUCCCGUAGAUACAAAGCUCAAAGCCGACGCGCCCGGUUUGAUCACUAAAUGGGUUUUAUUCAAUCUCCAUCCGUUACUCUCUCUCGGUUUACCGAGGAUUGUAGAAGAUCCUCUCCUCCAUACAUUUAGUCUACCACCGGCGUUAGUCAAAUCUGAUUACCAGAGACUCUACGAGUUUUUCUACGAAUCCGCCGGUGAAAUUCUCGUUGAAGCCGAUAAAUUGGGUAUCUCACGAGAAGAAGCGACUCACAAUCUUCUCUUCGCCACGUGCUUCAACACGUGGGGUGGGAUGAAGAUCCUUUUCCCGAAUAUGGUUAAACGGAUCGGGCGGGCGGGUCAUAAAGUCCAUAAUCAGUUAGCGGAGGAGAUUAGAUCUGUGAUUAAAUCCAACGGUGGAGAACUCACGAUGGGAGGGAUUGAGAAAAUGGAGUUAACCAAAUCUGUGGUUUACGAAUGUCUCCGGUUUGAACCACCGGUUCCGGCGCAAUACGGUAGAGCGAAGAAAGAUCUGGUUAUCGAAAGCCACGACGCGGCGUUUAAAGUCAAAGCCGGUGAAAUGCUUUACGGUUAUCAACCGUUGGCGACGAGAGAUCCGAAGAUUUUUGAUCGAGCGGAUGAGUUUGUGCCGGAGAGAUUCGUCGGAGAAGAAGGAGAGAAGCUGUUGCGGCAUGUGUUGUGGUCGAAUGGACCGGAGACGGAGACUCCGACGGUGGGGAAUAAACAAUGCGCCGGUAAGGAUUUCGUUGUUUUGGUGGCGAGGUUGUUUGUGAUUGAGAUUUUCCGGCGAUAUGAUUCGUUUGAUAUUGAGGUUGCUAAGUCGCCGUUAGGAAGCUCCGUUAAUUUCACGUCGUUAAGGAAAGCUAGCUUUUAGGAGCCAAGGGUAAAUUUGUAAUUUUAUAUUUCGCAAUUGUGUACCAUCUAUUUUCGUGUA